AUGGGUGCAGGGAUGUGGGGUGAAAUGAGCGGUGGAUUUGGAUUAAGUACCCAAUUACUUGGAAGAACUGAGAACCAGGAAUUGCUGUUAUGUGACAGAAAUCAAGAAAAGAUAAUGACUAAUGAUCGUGUUGAGGGAAUUAUAACGGAAAAAGGGAAGCAAAAAAUGUUGUCUCGAGAAACAAUUUCAAAGUACUUUUAUAUGCCAAUAAUUCAAGCAGCCAAGGAACUUAAUAUUGGGGUGACAUUUUUGAAGAUAAGAUGUAGGGAUUUGGGAAUUCGAAGGUGGCCACAUAGGAAGUUAAUGAGUCUUCAAACAUUAAUCAAGAAUGUUAAGGUUCACUCUCUAUACACACAUCUUCUAUACACUCUUGUUUCAACUGCAUAUAAUAUUAUGGUGAAAUUUACCUUUUAG